ACAAUAGGUUUGCUGGGUGUCAAGUCUCCAAAAUUCGUUACUCACGGUCGUAUGCUCAAGUCAUUGUCAAGUAAACUACAAGAUGCACCGUUUUAUGUAGAUCAAGCGAAAAGAAAGGUGUUUGUGGACUUUGGAAACAGUUUACCAAUUGAUGGAAAUGGAAACUUGGCCAGAUGGGUCCUCGAUACUUUAUUUUUGGCCGUGCCUAGGAACACAACUCCAGCGCUUAACUGUUUUGAUGAUUUCCUAUGGCUAGGUAAUAUCAAAUACAGGUCACCAAACUGGUAUACCAACACUGCAGGAAUCCAGGUUUUCCCAUCAUAUGGCACUUUUUCACCACAAGAUAUGGACAUAAUUAAUAGCAAACCAUUGGUUGUCGCUAAGGUAUUACUCAAUGUACAUAAUUAUACAUGUAACAGAUAAAAAUGGCAAACAUCGCUUUUCUUCGUGAGUAUUUAAAUCCAGCAUAAAAUUAUUUAGGAAUCAGUGCUAAAAACAUGUUGUAAGCAAUACUUAGUUUGCCAAAAAAAGCUUCCCAUUGCGUGGUCUAAGACAACCUCCUUUCUAAAAAUAGCGUUUUAUGGAUUAGGGAGACAGAUGUCUCAGUGCUGUUAAGUUGUUUUUGUCCCAUUUUUACACAAAUACAAAUAUGACAGAAAAGGAGCCAUUUGGUACCUAACUUUGCUUAGGAACAAGCUGCAUAAAGCAUAACCAAAAUAUUGCUUAUUCACGAUUUUAAACUUCUGGUAGCUCAAGUCAAAAUCUAUGGGCGGAUUGAGGGGUUGGCCGAGUGCACCGUGGUCACAAGACUGACUAUCUUUCCCCUGUUUACCCAGCACAUGCUCUUGGACGGAAAAUGAAAUGUCUUUUAUUUUUAGACUCUUGAAAAUACUGCUCGUACUGAGCACUGAUACAGCUUCUCACCGUACAUGCACAUCCUCGUUGUCGGUCUUCUUUGUCAAAAUUUUAACACCUAUGUUAAUUUGUAGGUUAAAGGUACUUUGCCAAACUUGGACUGCAAGAAAAUAGUGUUAGCGGAAGCUAAAGAUGGUAGAGCUAUUCAUCCAUACGACAAAUGGGCUUUUCGAAAAAACCCUUCUGAGCAAGCUACUGUGAAGAUCUUUGCAACAAAGUUUGGAAAACCUUUUAGUAACGCAGUUGUGAUGCUGGAACCUUGCAAUGUUAAUUGUCCCAGAUAUAUCGAAGAGGGACCAUCAGUCGGUCAACCGCCAUUGCCUGAAGUACCGUCCCAUGCUCUCACUGAUGGCAAUGGGAUCGCAGAGUACACCAUUUCGACAAUAGAUCCUAAGAAUAACAGGAGCUUCAUCGACGGGCAGCUUUACCUUUUUAGAUACUCCUUCUUCGAUCAAAAGCUGACAGACUGCUUGGACAUGUGCAAAAACGAUCCUUACAAGUUACUUAAUUCGCUGGUUGUUAUUCGGGUGUUUGACAAUUACACUAUUGAUGGCGAGCCAACCUGGUUAGAUCAUGUGUAUCCUAUAUUCAAGCAAUACGCCGACCUGUACCCAGUGAUGACUGAAAACUUCGUAGAUUUAGGGAAUUACCAUGAAGUUAUAAAUUAUCGUCACAGGAUCCAAGUAUGUCUCGAGUUACCUGAAUCACAUCCAAACUACAUGCCUGUUACACGAGACCUGUCGAAGCCCAAGCGCGAUGUUAUCUUGAAAUGGCUUAAACAGGAAAAUCCUCUUGUUGGUAAUCCAGAAAACUUGUACACAUUGGAGCAACUCCGUGAAGACCUACAGAUUGCACUUCAGCUGGAACAUUCAACUAUUCCACCAUACUUAACUGCUUGGGCCUCCAUCAAAAAAAGCUACAACCAGGAGGUGAAAAAUAUCUUGAGAGACAUAGUGAUCCAAGAGAUGAUGCAUAUGGCUCUUGUUGCCAACAUAAUCAACGCUGUUGGAGGAAAACCGUCUUUUUAUUCAGAAGAUUUUAUCCCCCACUACCCAUCAAGACUUCCCGGUGGUGUACACCCUGAUUUGGUAGUUCCAGUGGAGAAGAUCUCCCUUGCGUUAAUAAGGAAUAUUUUUAUGACAAUUGAGCAGCCAGAGUAUGAGCUACAAGACAACCUGGUACAUAUUUGGGAAUAUGUUAACCGUACUAGAUCCAGUCAUUGUCGGACGAAUGACAAAGGGACAGGCUGCUUGAAAGAAGACAAGAACAACUAUCUUGGCCAUUGUCACCAUCCAUCUGAUUUGGAGGACAUCGCAAGGUCUGGUAUACGAGGUGAGCCUUGAGGACCUAUUGUUACACUGUACUUGAUUAUGAGAGGGGCACUUUCAUUUAUACAUGCACUAUGUUGGUGAGUGCCCCUUUGAAGGGUAACAUUUUUCAACAAUUUGGUUUUUAAAUCAGUCUGCUAGUGAACUUCAUGAUUUUAUCAGACGCCUUCCUACUUAGACGUUUUUACACUUAUCUAUUGGGUUCAGCCAAUUAUAUGACGUCAAAAUUACGUACCAUUGUGUCACUCUAAUAGGCUACAUUGUAGAUCUGAUAUGAAAUAAUGAUUACACUAGAAGUACGUGUAUCGCAGAACCUCGUGAAACUAAGGUUAAGGGCCGGCAGAAAAAAAAAACUAAAACCGGACUAUCAAAAAGUCGUACCCUGGACCGCUUUAUUAUUAGGCAGACUCCUUACCUUACCACUUAACUACGAUACGUAACAAAUAAUAUAAUCGGGAAAAAAAUAUUAUAAGCACGUUUCAUCAGAAACUCUGUCGGAACACGCCGUUUAAAGAUGGUAGAGCCGCACUUCAGGAAAAAUAGGCAGCGUUUUGAUUGUAUAAAGGCCAACUUUAAACUGAUUUCAUCGCAUUUGAAACGUACGUACGUGCCCCUUACUGAGACGAUAAACUCGUUUGCAAAACAAAUGCCGGUUAUCUUACCUCUGUUUCGCUCUUAUUCUGAAGCUGAUUGUCCAAAUCACUUCCUUGUUUUCUUUAAUGAACUUCUGCUAUCGAAAUUCAUCGCCAGAAUAAUUGCUUAACCGCUUCGAAAAUAUAACUUUUCGUACUAAUUCAAGCUCCAGUUGUUUCACAAACUGGUUUCAAAAGUUGAUGUUUCUUUAGCCAGGCAAUCAUAAUCGUUACACACAAAAGCUGUCACACGUUCUCCACCUUACAAAAGGUUUAGCGCCAAAAUACAGCACCAGUUGUUAAAAUACUCAGCGAUACUACACAUCAAAUGUAUAUUUUAUAAAAAGCACUUCAUUUUAAUGUCAAUGUAUUUAGCACAAGUACUAAAUGAGGACACUAUUUUCCACUGGAAACGGGACCGUCAUUUUGCGUGGUCAUCUGAGCUACGCGAAACACUCAUUAUAGGCACUAAAGUACUAAUUGGGGAUACUAUAUUGACGCGGAAACGGGACGCUGAUUUUAAGUGGCCAACCGUUAAAUGUACUUUGAAUUAAACCAACAAAUAAGGUUUUUAUUUUUAAUUUCAGGUCACCUACCUGCUGCAAUGGAACGAUCGCGUCAAGUCAUGGCAAAUAAGAAAAUGGGGAAACAGGUAUUGUGGUCGCUAGAGAAGUGAUUACUAAGAAAGAGAGCGCAAUUUCUCAAUCCUUGUUAUGUGGUAGCUUAUGUAGGAAAUCUGUUACCACCAGCUAACCUCCCUUCUUUACCACGAAGGCUGGUGAUUAUAAAAAUGGAAGGGCUCAAACACGUGACCGCUUUAAUUGGGCUCAUCAAAUACAAUAAUGUAACAUUGUCAUAGCGAAGAUAAAUUUAGAAUGUUUUAAGUACAUGGGUAUGGCUUAGGAGUCCCGCUGGGUUGAAGCAAAGCUGGCACUUGUUCUUAGUUGUAUUUGGCAAAAAUCACCCGUGUUUUCUUCUGAAAUUGACUUGUUUCUUUUAAUCUUUAUCUCAAUGUAUUCAGCUCCCUGAUAAAGAAAGUAGCAAAUUUGGACAUCACUAUAACACAAUUGGUAAUUUUUACCAUCACAUCUUGAAAGUCCUUGGAAAUUUGACAGAUUGUGGAAAUAAUAACAGCAUCUUUACAGGACACAUGAGUAAACAGGUUACAACUCGCUGGCAUCUUAAAAAGCACGAUAACAUUUCAGUCUACGACUACCACUCUGCCGUUGACGCCAUUAACACGAUUAUUGACCAGGGUGAAGGAAGCAAUCCUUGUAACCCCAUUACUAAGGAUGAACUGGGUCAAAAGGAUCUUUCACAUUACUUCAUGUUUCAAUCAAUUGCCGAGGAGAGAGGGAUUCAAGUGGUCAAGGCGAAUACAAAAACUGCUGAUGCUGCGGCUUUGGGUGAACCGCCGAAGGUACGUUGUACGAGGCAAGAAAAUAAAGAUGGGAUAUAGGGAGGAUGGAAUAUCAUGUCCCUCUUCAGUGUAGUGCUAUCUAGCUGGUAUCAUAGUCUUUCAACUUUCCAUAUUUUUUCAGAAAGAGCCAGGUUAUUCUAUCCUUUUGUGGAACCUUCAACUGCGGGAUGGGUAGCAAUGUUUCUUAGCAACAUUUUCAAUCUGCGUCCUGUGAAAGAUAUUGAUGUAAGCCAAUUUUUAUGGCCCGUUCAAUCAAGUUCAUUGUUUUUUAUCUCCCAUAUCCCUAAUGUUUUACGCUCUAAAAAGAUUACUGAUGAUAAUUGUGGUUUACCCUCAAUAGCCUUGCAACGGCAGCUACUACUUCAAUGGUUCCAAGAUAAGCUUUGAUCCCGAAGGUGUUUGGCCAAUGAUUCCUAAUCCCCAGCUGUCGGAUUAUACGCCCGGCUCAAAAGCGUACAGGCAAGCUGUAUUGUUCAACAAAGCGUAUACCAAGUUGCUCAAAUCUCUGGAAAACGCCUUUAACGGCAACCCUCAUGAGGGACUGGAGAAUGCUAUCGGCCUUAUGUACGGAGUUGAGCUUCACUUGAAAAAAUUGUUACGCACGCCUGUUGACGAUGAUGGUGACCCAGAUAUUGGCCCUAACGCUGGUCCGACUUUUGAUUUUACACCGUAA